CUAUCCAGUCAGCAGCGGCAGCGAUGGGCGCGACCACACCCUACCACCACCGCGGAUCGGGAGGUGGCGGCGGAGGCGGAGUGUCGUGGACCUCGUCACCGUUUGCUGCGCAGCCGGCACCGGGAGGCAACCAGCACCAUGCGCCCACUCCGCCCCACAUGAAGUUCACCUACCACCCUGCCUCGGGCUAUCAUCAGCAGGUGUCUUCAUACGGCGGUCCGCACCAGCAGCAGCGCGUUACCAACGCCGCUUCGCCCGCCAACACAAACUCCAGCUCCAGUUCGAAUACGGGCUCACAGUCGGGCGGCACUAUGGUGGGCGGAAACAAUAUGGCGGCCAUGGGAGGCGGGAACCAACAUGGCGGCCCGGGUGGCGAUCCCGGUCAUCAGCAGCAGCAGCAGUUGAGCAAGACUAACCUGUACAUCAGGGGUCUCAACCAGAACACAACUGACAAGGAUCUGGUCAACAUGUGCAGUCAAUACGGAGCGAUCACUUCUACCAAGGCCAUCCUGGACAAAAACACAAAUAAAUGUAGAGGCUACGGCUUUGUGGACUUUGAGUCUGGCGCAUGCGCCGAGCAGGCGGUGAAGUCGCUGGUAGCGAAGGGCGUGCAAGCGCAGAUGGCCAAAGUGGGUAUCACUCAGACUCGUGGCAUCUACACACACAGUCAACAAGAGCAGGACCCGACAAAUCUGUACAUUGCCAAUCUGCCGCUCAACUUCAAGGAGACAGAUCUGGAGAACCUGUUGGUGAAGUUUGGUCAGGUGAUCUCCACCAGGAUACUGCGAGAUACGUCGGGGAUCAGUAAAGGAGUCGGAUUUGCUAGGAUGGAAUCGAAGGAGAAAUGCGAACAGAUCAUUCAGUCUUUCAACGGAACCAGUUUCUCGCCGGGCAAAGAGCCGCUGCUGGUCAAAUUUGCUGACGGAGGCCAAAAGAAGCGCAGCGCCUACCGUAAUGAUAACAGGAUCUGGCGCGACGGAAGCGAGAUGAUGUAUGUGUUACAGAGCGGUCACCUGGCCUACGAUCCGACGCUGGGAGUUGGCCAGAAUGGCGUUGGCCUCGGCCACCACACGUCCUCCACACAUGGCACACACCAACACAUGCUAGGCCAAGCGUCGCUAGCCGCCCAAUACAGUCGCUACGCCGCGGCGGCUGCAGCCGCAAUGGCCGCCGCCGCCCAGGCGGGCCAGCCGCACGCACAGGCGCAGGCGGGCGCCUACCAGCUGCCGCCAGGUGCAGCCGCAGCUGCCGCCGCCCAGUGGUCCACGCCGCACCUGCAGUAUGUCGCCAUGCAGCCGGCGCCACCUCCACCGCAUCCGCCCCAUCAUCCGCACCACCAUCAUCACAUCACCACUCAGGUCGAUAUGAUGGCCCAAGCGGCAGACCCCACAACAGGCGUUGGCUACGGCUCCAUAAUGCCGCAGAUCACCACCCACAUGUCCACUCUGCAGCUGUCGGCCACGCCCACCGGCUACAUAGCGGCCAGUCCCCACCCAUCAGCUGCAGCCGCUGCCUACCAGUUCUACGGGCCUCCCUCCAUCAUUCACACGCUGCCCAUUGCAGCUGCAGCAGCCAGUGCAGCUGAGGAGCAUAACAGCAACACAGCGUCGCCCGAUGACAACUACCAGGCUGCCUACCAGGGCCAGGGGCCCAAAUAGGAGGAGGUCGCCUUUUGCUCCUGGGAAGACUUCAACAUAUUUUACCCGGACAGUCUGGCCGAUCUCUGUCAGCUAUGAACUGUUGAAUCAUCUUCCCAGAUUUGACCGCAAUCAAAGUUGAUCGCGGUCAAGUAACAAGCCAUUGAUGACUUGACCGACGUAAGAUUAUCAAGUUUCUCAAGACUAAACGUGUAGAUAGUCAACAAAAAAAAAAUUGCCAAAGUUGUGUAGAAAGUGGGUGGGUGCGCUGGACAUGAAAAAAAAAGAAAUUGCCAGCAGUUAAGUGCGUUAUUGCUGGUAAACAUUGAUAAUAUUUCGACUGUUUAAUUUAUUCGAUAAUUUGUAGUGUAUGCGGUAUUUCUAAAGGUUUGGGAAGUUUGUAAAACGUGUCAACAACCGUGGUAGACACUGUUGAAAAGUCAGUAUGCCUUAGAUUUAGUUUUUUCUCUCCUCUAGAGUGUUUAAGUCUUGUGUAUGUGUGUUGGGUGUCAUUUUCUGUUGGGAUUUUUAACCUUAAUUUUUGUCGGGAGAUAUUAUUUCCCUCACAUAGUAUAAAAGGGGAAUAUCGUUUUUCCCUCACAUGGUCUAAAAGGAAAAUAUCAUUUCCCUCGUAUGGUCUAAAAGGGAAAUAUCAUUUCCCUCGUAUAGUUUGGAAGGAAAAUAUAUCAUUUCCCUCGUAUAGUUUGGAAGGGAAAUAUCGUUUCCCUCGUAUAUUCUGAAAGAGAAGUAUCAUUUCUCUCAUAUAGUUUGAAAGGGAAAUAUCAUUUUCAUCGUAUAGUUUGGAAGGGAAAUAUCAUUUCCCUCGUAAAUUUUGGAAGGGGAAUAUCGUUUCCCUCGUAUAUUCUGAAAGGGAAAUAUCAUUUCUCUCGUAUAGUUUGAAAGGGAAAUAUCAUUUCCAUCGUAUAGUCAGAAAGGGAAAUAUCAUUUCCCUCGGAUAAUCUAAAAGGGAAAUAUCAUUUCUCUCAUAUAGUCUGAAAGGGAAAUAUCAUUUCCCUCGUAUAGUAUGGAAGGAAAAUAUCAUUCCCCUCGAAUAAUCUAAAAGGGUAAAUAUCAUUUCCCUCAGAUAGUCUGAGAGGGAAAUAUAAUCGUUUCCCUCGUAUAGUCUGAAAGGGAAAUAUCAUUCCCCUCACAUAGUGUAAAAGAUAUGUGUAAUUUUCUGUUGGAACAAUUAUCAACUUUAAUUUCUCUGAUAAAUUUAUGAAUUUUCCCCUUAUAAAUAGACCAAAAUGUGUGUUUGCAGUUGUAAAUAAGUGUAAUUUUCUGUUUAGGAAAGUACUCAACUUUUCCCUCUAGAUAGUCGUAAGUGUAGUCAAAAUUUGUUUGUAAAUAAGUGUAACUUUCCGUUUGAAAAAAAAUUCUACCGAUGUUUUUGGUGGAGGAGUUGGUCGUUUUGUGGACAAGUGUAGAAUUUUCAAGUGUCUUUGGGGAAAAUUUGAAACAGGUAUUAUCUUCCCUACUGAGUAAGAAUGGUAACGUUUCGAAAACGUAUUGCGAGUAAAAAACUGAUGCGAAAACAAGUAGAUUUGUCAAAAAAGUUUGAUGUCAGGAAAAGGGUUUGUAAUGCCAUACACCACUGUUGAUCAAGAUUAUUGUAUUGCAUUGAUAAAAGUGCUAAUUUGUAAUGACAAUGUAAAUGUCUUACAGAGAAUGUGAUUUGUGAAGUCUUGAAAUGACCAGGAAAAGAUUUUGCACGUCUGAAGACCAGAAUAUAGUUAACCUCAUAUAAUUUCAAUGUUUCUUGAAAGAUCUAAAAUUAGUUGGAGAAACAUUUCUGUCAUGAGAAAUUCGUCAUAUAAUUUCAAUGUUUCUUGAAAGAUCUAAAAUUAGUUGGAGAAACAUUUCUGUCAUGAGAAAUUCGUGUGGUCAAUCGAGUUGACACUUCUUUAUUCCUCUAAAAAAAUGUCCAAAAACAUAGAAGUUUCAUUUUGUUGAAUUAUACUGUCGAAGAUUUAAAAAAAUCUGAAAUUUUCUGUUGAUAGCCUAAUUGACGAGUUUAAUAUUCUUUCUGUUAAAACUUAAGUAGUUGAAUAAUUCUUAACUACUUCGUUGCAAUGAAUCUAUCAACUCAUUAUAUUCAGUUUAAUAUUCUUUCUGUGGAACCUUAACUAGUUGAAUAAUUCUCAACUAUUUCGUUGCAUUGAAUUUAUCAACUCAUUGUAUUCAGUUUAAUAUUCUUUCUGUUGAACCUCAACUAGUUGAAUAAUUAACAACUAUUUCGUUGCAAUUAAUUUAUCAACUCUUGGUUUAUCGAAUUCAAUUCUUUUCUAGGAGAAAUCCUAUUUAUGUGAUAGUUUAAAACCAGGUGGAAGAACUUAUUGGGAGAAAUAUAUCUAUCUAUAUUAUUGAAGAAUUCAGAGUAAUUUUCUUAUGAAAUUUAUUUAUUAUAAAUAUUUAGAUAAAGUUGCAAAACAUAGAAAUUAUGUUGAAAAAUAUUUAUUAUUAGUGUAGGAAAAUUUAUAGAUUUAAUUUAUUUAUAAUUAUUGUUAAGAUAUGGUUCUGAUUUGUUUAUUAUUUAUUUUCGGCUAUAUUUGUUGAAAACUUGCUGUAGACAUCACUAACAAUAGUGGGUCAAAAUAUAUGCUGGAAAGAAGUUGUAAAAUAUGUUUGAAAAACUAGAAAACAUGUUUGUUCGCAUAAAGUUCAUGUUUUAUGGGGACAAAGGUUGGGGCGAGAUUUGAAAAAUGUUAUGAUAUAUAAUCCAUAAAAAUGGAGACAAGUUGGUAGUGUUGUAUUUGGAGGUGGUUUUAUGAUAGAAAAAUAGAGACAAUUUGGGAGAUGGAAGUUGGGAGGAUAUGAAAUUUUGGAACAAAUCUGUUCAAAGUGUGUGGUUUUAUUUGGAAAAGACUGAAAAAAUUUGGUAGUGUUUAUUUGUAAUUUUUGCCAGUGCUUCAUAAGAUAUUAUAAGUGGGGAACUGUGAUGUUUGCAUCCCCAGGUGUGGUGAACUUCCAAUGUUAAAAUCAGGUUGAUGUUAGAAAAUAUUGAAAUUUAACCUGAUUGAUUCUUAAUAUUGCAUUCUAGUUAAGUAAGCUAUGUAUUAUUGUAAGAUUCUCCAAAAUCUUCUCUGAGUUUCUGUAAGAUAGGAUGGUUGGCUCUCGUGUUUUGGAUAGGUUAGGUUUAUGUCGCGGUUAGGUUAGGUUAGUAAAUUAGUAAAAUUUGGUCGUUUUCCAAUUGUGUGAGUGUGUGCGAUUCUAGUUUACUUUUAGGUUAGUUUUUUCUCUCGAAAGUAAGUGUACGAUUCCACAGUUCUGUGAGAAUUUCUAGGUUAGGGCGUUUUCUGUUGAAUAGGGUUUCUAUGAUGAUUGUUUUGUGUAUUUUUGCUGACUUUACAUUCCUUGAACAAUAUUAUUGUUGUUUUUCAAAUACCUGAAACUUGGGUAUUUGUUUCAAACUAAACAUCUAUAUUCUAAUUUUUCCACAAUAAGUUGAAAUAAUGAUUUCCCUCUAACAUCUUCUACCUAUAAUAUGUUUCAAGAUUAAUUCUAAAUAGAAAACAAGUGAUUUGAAAAGUUUAUCAGCUUUGCCAUUAAUGUAAAGUUUCCAUUCAUAGUAUUAUUAAAAUUUUUAAUCUAUAUACCCCUCCUUAUAUCAGGAAAAUAUAUUUUUUUUUACUUUCAAAGUAACACAUUUAUUCAAUAUCAUUAAUGAUUUGCAAAAUCACAAUAAUAUUUUGUUUACUUAUCAGAUUCUUAUUGGUUUCUUCAUUUUUGCAACUUUAUUUUCAUUUAUUUUAAUUUGAAUAAUUCCUUGAAAAUACUUGAAUGAUCAAAUCAUGUAAACAUUUAAUUUCCCCUAUAUAUAAAACUGUCUAUACCUUGCAUUCUCUUCUAUCAUGACAGAUCUCUUGACCUAAAUAUUUUAAAACUUGCAGUACUUUCAUAGAGUUCUGGGUCUAUUAUUUAUAGUCUACAAGAUCAUGAUAUCAUGAUAGACUAAAUAAAUGCUGUAGGAAAAGUCUAGAUUCAUCUAUGAGAGUGCUCCAAAUAUUUUGGUAUUUUUGAAACUUUCCUAUUUUUUCCUAUUUCAUUGAUUUGAUGAUCUUCAUCAUAACCCAAACUGAUUUGAAAGUUUUGUCUUUAUUUGACAAACUUUUGCUCAAUUUUACAUUUUUUUCUCUAUUGCUAGUCAGUUUUUUUUUGUAAUUACAAUUGUUUAUCUUAUAUUUUUUAUAAAUUAAAUAUCAACUCUAGACUGUUUAUAAGAAAUUAUCAGUUUCUUAUUCAGUGAAGAUAGCUAGCUUGAUUUUUCAUACUGGUUUUGUUCACAUUGUCAACUAAAAAAGCAUAUUUGUUCAAUUUUUCUCUGUGAACAAUUAUACCAUGACUGAUAUUUAGAUAUUUGUUUAUUAUUCAGAAAUGAUAAUUAUAUUCAAAACAUUAUUCCAAAAUAUUCAAAUAUUAUUAAGUUUCCAUAAUUUUUGUGAAAAUACAGUUUAAGAUUUCCCCAUGUUGAAAGUAAUGUUUGAACAAAAAUUGAUAAUUCUGUUGAAUUGAAAUAAUAUCCAUUAUAAAACAUUUAUGUUUACAUUUAGGUGAAAUAUUAUUCAAAAAUAUUUGGUUACCACAUUUAUUGAUUUAAUGAUCUAUUUAUUUAAUAUUAUGAAAAUAAAUUAUAUUAUAUAAAAUGAUUGCCAAAAUAAUUGAAGUAUAUAUAUUUCAAUUCAAUCAUUCAUUAUUAGAAAGCUUGUUAUUAUUUCUCCUUGAAUGUACAUCAUUAUUAUUGUGUUUUGUUAUUUUUGUUUCGUUUCAAUUUUAUUAUCAUUAUUUUUAUUCAUUGUUGAUAUGUGUGAAAUGUAUUCAGAAUGUUGAUGAAUAUAUGGAAGAGAGAGAUUUAUGUAAUCUGUAAAUUGAAGAUAAUUGAUUUAGCAUAAAUCUAGAAUUUAAAUUUAAGUGAUAGUGUUAGGUAAUGUGAGGAAGGUGUUAUGAACUGAUUGUCUGUAAUUUAGGUGGUCGAUUAUUUUUCUCUUCUCACAACAAUAUUCUUUGAUUUAGAAAUUGUGUGAACUGAAUGAGAAAACGGAUUUAGGUAGAUCUAUGUGUAAAUUAUUGAAAUUAGGCUAGGUAAUUGAUUAAUUAAUGUAAGUCUACUCCUGAAUAUAAUAUAGAAAUUGCUAAGUCCAAAAAUGACUAGAUAAAUUAUGUUCAUGUAUUGAUGAACUAGGGGGUUACAUUCAAUAUAAGAAGCCAUGUUUGGAGGCUAAUUUUGUGGUACUUUGAUACCAAUUCUGCAACUGAUAGUAUUUUUCCAGCAUGUAGAAAAAUCUGUUUAUUUCUGUAAUGAUUUCUAUUAUUUUGAGUCAUUAUUAGUUCUAUUCCAUUCUUACUGUUUGCUUUCAUGUUUGAAAUACAUUCUGCAUUAUUUUUUUCA